AUGGUCACUGUUGAGAAGCUAUGCACCAACCCAAUGCCUAGGCCACCCUUCAAAGCAAUUUUGGAACUCCUUUCUGGAAUGGCCAUCAAAGCUAUCAUCAUACAACUGACAGGUUCUCCAAAUUCGUUUCUACAAGUCAUAGUUCCAGAGAAAAUCCAAACAAAUACAAGUGACAGUUCAGAAAUAGACUAUGAACAGAUAUCUUAUAGUAUUCCAAUAGAUGAAUGGCCAUAUACUAUACACCUCAAGCAAAGAUAUUUUGUAGCGGAUAAUUUUAUGAUUUAUUUGUAUAAGCAGGGAUCUGUGAAUUCUCAUUCUUCAAAUAUUCAGACUCGUUGCUACUAUCAAGGACAUAUUGAAGGAUAUCCGAAUUCCUAUGUCACACUCAGCACAUGUUCCGGACUGAGAGGAAUACUGCAAUUCAAAAAUGUUUCUUAUGGAAUUGAGCCUAUGGCAUCUGAAAUUGAAUUUCUGCAUCUUCUUUAUAAAUUAAAGAAAGAAAAUGAUGAAUAUUCAAUUUUUAGUAACAGAGACAUAGAAAAAUACCCAAUGGACUCUAACAUUUUUAUAAGUGAAAAAUCAGAACAAGAUUUUCCAGAUUUAAUUCCUCUUUAUCUAGAAAUACAUAUUGUGGUGGACAACUCUUUGUAUGAUUAUUGGGGCUCUGAUAGUGUGAUCAUAACACAUAACAUCAUCGAAAUUCUUGGCCUUGUAAAUUUAAUAUUCACUCAAUUUAAAGUCACCGUUGUGCUGUCAUCAUUGGAUUUGUGGUCAGAUAAAAAUAAGAUUUCUACAGAUGGUGAGGCAGAUGAGUUAUUGCGUAGAUUUUUAGAAUGGAAACAGUCUUAUCUUACCCUAAGGCCUCAUGAUACUGCAUAUCUAUUCAUAUAUAGAGAUUAUCCAAAUUACAUGGGAGCAACAUUUUCUGGAAAAAUAUGUGUUACUAGUAAUUCUGCAGGAGUUGUAUUGGAAUGUGGAGCUAAUAGCUGUUGUGAUCCUGAAAAUUGUGUGCUCAGACAUGGAGCACAAUGUUAUACAGGACCAUGUUGCACAAACUGUCAAUUUGCAGGCACAAAUGUUGAAUGUAGGCCCAAAGCACAUGCUGAAUGUGAUGUCAGUGAGUUUUGUAAUGGAUCCUCAUCACUGUGUGUUCCUGAUAUAACUAUACAAAAUGGAAAUGGAUGCCAAAAUAAUAUAUAUGUUUGUUUUAAUGGUGAAUGUUCUGAUCCUGAUAAACAUUGUGAGUCUAUAUAUGGAAAAGGUUCCAGACAGGCUCCAUUUGCCUGCUAUGAAGAAAUACAUUCUCAUACUGAUACCUUUGGUAACUGUGGUAAGGACAGUAGGAGUAGAUACGUAUCAUGUCCUUGGAGGGGUUAUAUAUGUGGAAGAUUAGUUUGUACCUACCCUACUCAAGCUCCUUUCUAUCCACAACAUGGUGAUGUGAUUUAUGCUUACGUACGAGGUACUGUAUGUAUAAGUAUGGAACACCCGGCGAAUCAACCAGGACCAGAUCCAUUAAGAGUGAAAAGUGGCACUCCUUGUGAUACUGGCAGGAUUUGUUUAGGCCAUACAUGUAGUGAAUUAAGGAUAAUUAGGAAUGAAAUAGAGACUUGUUCACAAAAGUGCUUUGGACACGGAGUGUGCAAGUCCAACAUGGAAUGCAAUUGCACUGGUGGCUAUUUGCCUCCGAACUGUGAAUCACUUUCCAGAGAAUCUCCUGAAUUUCCUGAAGAAGAUUUAGGUUUAAUUGAGGAAAAAGCUUCUAGGAAGACUAAAAUAACCUGGCUCCUAGGUGUCUGCACUUUUCUUGUUAUUAUUGUAAUAGCCAUGGUAGCUUUGACAUGGAAUUGUUUGAAAAAGUGGUUCAUUAAGGAAGAGGAAUCCAAAACCGUUGUGGUCCGAGGGAAAAAAGCUGGGACCACCCCUUUUGCGGUCCGUGUUCAGUUUAUUUCCAGAGUGGGAGGGGCCAGAGCCUCCGCCGCCGCUGCUGUUGCCACCGACCCUUGCGGGGAGACGUUCAAAAGAUUUUUCAGUUUUGUUUCUGAUGGGGGAGGGGUUAUAACUGCUGCCGCUGGAGCAGAACGUUCAAAAGACUCUUCAGUGUUUGCAAGACGGGAACCGAUUCAUCCUGCCUGUCACCGCGUCAGUGCAGCUCCAGAAAGACUUCCAAAAUUACGGUUCCGAAGGAGAGUCCCUUCCCCUUGA